CUCGGGGACUCCGCAGCUCCUUAGGCCGCGUUCCCCGGGCAGGACUACAGCUCCCGACGCCCCGUGCGUGCGGGCAGGGACGGGCAGCGGGAGCGGAGCGCAGCCCGCAGCGGGGACCCGCCGUGCUGCUGCCGCUCGGUCCCGAAAACCCUCCCGUGGCCAUGGCGCUGGUGAAGAGCGGCUGGCUUUGGCGGCAGAGCUCCAUCCUGCGCCGCUGGAAGAGGAACUGGUUCGUGCUCUACCUGGACGGCAGCUUGGUCUACUACCACGACGAGACGCAGCGCGACAUGGACGGCCGCAUCCACGUCAAGUUCAGCUGCCGGGACGUGAGGAGCGGCCGCGAGUGCCGAGACGUGCAGCCCCCCGAGGGGAAGAGCUGCGAGUGCCUGCUGACCGUGGUGCUGCGGGACGGCUCCAAGACCACGCUGUGCGCCGAGAGCGAGGACGACGCCGUCGCUUGGAAGAUGGCCGUGCUGGAGGCGAAAUCCACCCCGGUGCACGUCUACGACCCCUACGACGACGACUACUACCAGACGGUGCCCAUCGACUCCCACCAGACCGCCUACAUCAGCUCCGGCCACUACGGCCACCAGUACGGAGCCCCCGGGGUGACCCACGUCAUCGUGCGGGAGGACCCCUACCGCGUCUCCGGGGACCAGAUGGCCUUGGGGCUGCUGGCGGGGGCCGCCACCGGCGCCGCCCUGGGCUCCUUCAUGUGGAUGCCCUGCUGGUUUUAGCACCCCCACACCCCGCAGGAUGCGGCCCCUUCGCUUCCCCAUCCCGCCCGCUCCCGGCUUUUGCAUCCAAGAACCCGCACGCGGCUCCAGGGACCCGAAAUCCUAAGCCAAGACCCGAAGCUGCCCCCGGCACGCCGCCACCACCCCCCCGGCACCGCUCACCACCCCAAAACCUCCAGGUGCCGGGAGCAAAACCUUGGGUUUGGGGACGGUGGGAGGGGUGCUGCACCCACCAGCAAUUUCCAGGAGGUAGGUAAAUUUUCUUGCAAAAU